AUGGCUGAUAUUGUCAUAAUCGAUUCAGAUACAGAUAGUGACCCGCCACCUCCAAAAAAAUUCAAAGCCAAUCCUACCACUAAUCUGGCACCCAAGACAAGACCCUUUGAAGGAGUAUCUUCGUCAUCAUCAUCAUUGUCAUCGUCGUCAACAAAUGUGUCCCGUUCGGCGUCUUUUGAGGAACUAAGUGUGGGUCGUGGUGGUGGUAGCGAUAAUGGUUAUAGAGAUGUCUUGACAGGUGAUAUGACUACGACAUGGCCACAACAAACGAGAUUGCCGCGAAACGAAAAUAGCAACGAAGAAACUAGUUCAAGCAACGUCCAAAGCUCUGAAGGCUAUCUCAGUGAGAAUGAAGGUGAGGACGGGGAUGAAAGAGUGAGAUUUGGAACCGCUGAAAAUGACUUCCAAGUUUCUCACGAUUCAGAAUUCUUUUUCACUCCCAUCCCACCAAAAGAGAUUGAAGAGACGAGGCGAUAUCUAAAAGACAGGGGAAGAUUACAAUUUCUUGAAAAAUAUCUACCAGCAUCAGCAUCGGGACAGGAUAUUAUUAAGAUUGUUUUGAAGCUAGGAUUUAUACCGAAAAAUGUCAACUUUGAUAACGUUGACUUACUGGCGUGUGUACAGAUUCUUAAUCGUGCCAUGGAAAAAGUACGCUCAAAACGAGACAGACUUGAUGAUGUGUCCACAUACGAAGACGCUAUAAAUCUCAUUCGUGAUAGUAAACGAAUAUUGGUCAUAACUGGUGCUGGUAUAUCAACGAGUUUAGGAAUACCCGAUUUUCGUUCGUCAAAGGGAUUUUAUUCCAUGGUUAAGCAUUUAGGUCUAAGUGACCCACAAGAGGUUUUUGACUUGGAGAUAUUUCAAACAGACCCAACACUUUUUUAUUCCAUAGCUCACAUGAUUCUACCUCCAGGACAUACUUUCACACCUUUGCAUUCAUUUAUCCAAGUGCUUCAAUCAAAAAACAAAUUACUCCGAAACUACACUCAGAAUAUUGACAAUAUUGAAAGCUACGCUGGAAUACGACCGGAGAAUUUAGUUCAAUGCCACGGCUCAUUUGCCACUGCCACGUGUCUCACUUGCGGAGAUAAUAUUCCUGGUGAAAGUAUAUUUCCAGAGAUACGUAAACAGGAGCUACCCCGAUGUAAGGCAUGCGACCGCAAGCGGGAAAGGUUACUAAAAAAGGACGAAGACUGUUAUAUUUCUGAAAGUUUUGGUAUUUAUAAGCCUGAUAUUACAUUUUUCGGCGAAGCAUUGCCACGAAGAUUUCAUGAUCAUAUUGGUGAAGACAUAAUAAACUGCGAUUUGUUGAUUAGUAUCGGUACAUCUUUGAAAGUGGCACCUGUGGCCGAUAUUGUUGACAAGAUACCGCAUUACGUGCCGCAAAUUUUGAUUAAUAAGGAUCCAAUAGAGCACUGCAACUUUGAUGUGAGCUUGUUGGGUUACUGUGAUGAGGUAAUCAGCUUUAUCGCCAACAAGUUGGGGGACGACUGGAAAUUGCUACACAAGGAUUAUGACAAUAUACGAGGCAAAAAUGGACAACAUUUGGAGAUUGAAUUGGUGGAUGCGGAGCUACGGGAGUAUAAAGUGACAUCCAAAGUCCAUAAGGUGGAGCACACUCCUGAGGUACCAGAGGGUGCAAAACCUGAAGGAUCAAGUGUCGUGAAACUUCAGCAAAGCGAACCAAAACACUUGAAUGUCAAUGGACAUCAAAACUCUAUGUCAAAUGAUGUGGUGAAAGCAGACAAUUUUGGAAAUGAAACUAUGAAGGUAGGUGCGGUACAUUGGAGAGAUUCUCUACUAUACACAGGAAGCAGUUUCAAUGGCUCAAGUCAAGCAUAUGAAAACGAAAAUAUUAACUCGAAAGUGAAGGAUGCCAUUUCAGCCCCGCAAAGUGUACAACCGAAUGGUAUAACACCUCAUAACAGCAGCUCCAUUGAAACCAGUUCUGGUGAUGACUUUAAUGACGAUGGCUAG